GAAAGACGCCGCAGAACGAAAUUUUCAGACGAGCAACUUGCUCGUUUGGAGGAAAUUUUUCAGAAAGACCGAUACCCAGGAAUUUACUUAAGGGAGAGAAUAGCGCGAGAGCUUGGCCUCGAGCACUGCAUUAUCCAGGUAAGGUUUGUGCGAUUUUCACACAUACUAUUAAGCAAAUACGCUAUGAGUUCUGGAAUUUGUAACUGAAAUCUUCGAGUGUGACCAUUCAAAUGGAACCUCUUCAGAAAAUGUUUUCCCCUGCUGAGGACCAGUACCUCUUGAGUCUGUGGAUAAACACCCCGUUCCAAAGUCAGUAAGUAAAAGGUGCCAGGGUUUUUCGAAAAAUCGGAGGUUAACAAAUCAGACAAUUUGUAAGUUUAACUAAAAUAUGUCUUAUUGAAGGGUCAAAAACCAAAAUUUGGUCAACAUAUCUUUUGUCUUAAAAAGUUAUAGCCUGCUAUUUAUUUUAAUAGUGUUUAGUGUGAUAUUUUGUAUGGCUUGAAGAAUGAACAGCACAUUGUUGCAUUAUAUCUAUGUUUUUUUUUUGAAUUUAGUUUCCUCUAAAAUGUUUCGAUUGA